UGAGCUUCCCACCUAACCUACCAAAUGGAAAGAAGAAAAGUGAGAAGGUUCCCAACAGAGUUGUUUUUGUUUUGCUAAAUAUGCCUCUUCUGGUUUGUAAUUAUAGUCUGGUUACAUUCAUGGCAGAGAAUGCUCUAGAGGACAGCCAAAGCAUCCUGAAUCUACAUGAUAUGCUCUAUGUUCUGUAGAGUGAGUUCCUCGAUGCAGAUAAAUUGUUUCACAAGGAAGUUCGUUGGCUCUUCAUCCCCAUUAGUCUCCAUAGCACUUCCUUCUCGAAGGGAAACACAUUUCUGGUAUAUCCUACCUGAUGAAGUACAGAACAAAUCCCUCUUAAAUCAAUAUUUAGAGUUGCUAUCUCACAGUGAAAAAGAAAACGUCUUCCGCAUGCAUGGUGAGGAGCUUCAAAAAAGAGCGAUACUUGCUCGUGCCUUGGUGCGCACUACCCUUGCAAGAUAUACAAAUUCUUGGGUUUGUCCAAGAUCGUUGAAAUUUGGAAAGAACAAUUAUGGGAAACCUGAGGUGAAGUGGCAAGAUGAUGAAGAGUGGGAUCCACCAUCCUUGCAUUUCAACAUUUCACAUACAUCUUCUUUAAUCGCCUGUGGUGUGACUGUGGAUACUCCAAUUGGCAUUGAUGUGGAAGAUACGCAGCGAAAGUUGAGAAACAAUGUGUUAUCUUUUGCACAGCGUUACUUUUCUCCCUAUGAGGUUGAACUUUUGCAUGCUAUUUCGGAUCCUGAUACUCAACGGCAAGAGUUUAUUAAGUUAUGGACCCUUAAGGAGGCAUAUGUAAAAGCACUAGGUAGAGGCUUCUCAUCUGCACCUUUCAACACUUUUACAAUCAGGUUCAGACCUUCGAGUAGUUCUGGUUUGCAUGUUGAUGGGGAUUCCAAUUCUGAGGCUUCUGAAAUUGUAGUAGAAGCAUUUGAAGAUCCCGAGAACCUCACAAGCAAUUGGCAAUUCACACUCUUCGAGCUGGCUGGUACUCAUUAUGCUGCAAUUUGCAAGGAAAAAGACAAUAUUCUCAAUGAUGACGUAUCUGGCUGGAUGAGGUUGAAAGUGUGGAGAACUAUUCCAUUUGUAGAAGAUGAAUGUGUCUGUGGAACUGAAGCAGUUAAAAUAAUUUGUGGGAUGACUUAGUGGUUCUUUUGCACCAUUUGUUUUGCUCCCAUGCUGUUUGAAUUGACCAGGUUAGAUCCCAAUUUUAUGUGUCGUUAACAUUGGAAAUGAUUCAAUAGAUAAGACCAAUG